AUGGCUGACACAUACACAGAGGACAAGGGCCGGAGUCUAGGACUGAAUGGCUGGGUGAAGAACACCAGGCAGGGCACAGUAAUUGGUCAAGUCCAAGGACCACAUGAUCAGGUUCAUGAAAUGAAACACUGGCUGAAGAAUGUUGGCAGUCCAAGCUCUCGGAUCAACCGGGCUGUAUUCUCCAAUGAGAAGGAUAUUUCCAAAUUGGAGAUUCACGGUUUCUCAACGCGCUACUGAAUUGAGAGAUUCUGACAUCACCUCAAGUCCGCAUGUAAACAGGACUUCAAAAAGUAUGACAAGCUUUGUUUGUCAAAAAU